AUGAGAGCCGAGGCACUCACCCAGUCCCCAGCAUCCAGAUUAAGAAAUAUCAGGAGGAGCAUCCACGGAAUGAUAAGCACCCCACGACAGGAAACAAGUAUGAACGUAGAAGAAGUGGACCAACGACAACCAGAGACAAUACUUAACGAAUCAACACAGGAGAUACUGGGGCUGAACACGGAGGCCAAGAAUACCGUGAGAGCCAUCAACCUCGCAUUGCAGGAAACAAUUGCCGAGUCUAAGGGAUUCGAAGACCUUUGCCAUAAAGUCUACUGCGCAGCACUAGCUGCAAAUAUCAUCUUACAGACGCCAACUAAGAAAAUAGGACUCGAGAAGCAACCACAGAAACCUCCUUGGGAGCAGAGAAUGGAGAAGAAGAUAACAGCCCUGAGAAAGGAAAUAGGAAUCAUCUAUGUGGCCCUGAACAGCGAGAAAAUAAGUGCUAAAUUCCAAAAAAAACUGAAGGGAUACACACAGAGAAUAAGACUGAAAAGGGGAGACAAACAAUACAAACUAAAACUAAAACAGCAUUCAGAAAAACUCAAACAAAGGAUAGCAGCCUUGGGAAACCGCUUGAGAAGAUAUCAUAAAAGAACACAAAGAUAUCAACAAAAUAAUCUAUUCACCAACAACCAGAAAAUGUUUUUCAGGAAGCUGGAUGCACCAACGAGAACAGAGAACAAUACCGAACCCCCAAGCCAGGAUAAGAUGAGACAAUAUUGGUCAUCGAUAUGGUCACAAGCAGAACAACAUAACACUAAUGCACCUUGGAUCAAAGCAGAAACAGAGACAUAUGAAAACCUACAGGAAAUGCCAACCGUAGAAGUUACUGAAGAAGACGUCAAGAACUACAUAAAAAGAAUGAAAAACUGGACCUCGCCUGGCAUAGACGGCAUACGCAACUAUUGGUGGAAGGCGCUUAGUUCAACACAUAAAAUAUUGGACCAACUAAUUAAAAAAGCACUGGAGAACCCGCAGAUAAUUCCCAAAUAUUUCACCAAAGGAAUAACCAUCAUGUUACCGAAAAAGGGGAAUCUAGCCCUGCCAGAGAACUAUAGACCUAUAACAUGCCUACCAUCAGCAUACAAGAUCAUUACAUCCACGUUGGCUCACAAAAUAAAUUGUCACCUCAAAAGCAACAACAUCAUGGCAUGGGAGCAGAAUGGAUGUAAGGGCCAAAUUCGCGGCAGUAAAGAACUGUUGGUGAUAGACAACGCGAUAACUAAACAGGCCAAGAAAAGGAAAAAGAACCUGGCAAUGGCAUGGAUUGACUACUUAAAGGCGUACGAUUCGGGAGACGGCUUGAGCCCAACCUGGUUCUGUCUAGCACUCAACGCCCUUAGCAGUAAGCUCAAUAGAACAACUUAUGGGUAUUCUCUCACAGAUCAAGCAAAAAUCACUCAUCUAUUUUAUAUGGACGAUAUGAAAUUAUUUGCAAAGGGGAGGGUACAACUUGAAGGGCUUCUAGAACUAGUACGGAAAUUUAGCAUCGACAUCAAGAUGACGCUGGGACUGGAGAAAUGUGCAGCGGUGAUAGUUAGAAGGGGAAAAUUGGCAGAGGAGGAGAAUAUACGGCUGCGAGAUGGCAACGAAAUAAUCAGUCUGAGUACGGAAGAAAGAUAUAAAUACUUGGGGAUACAAGAAACGUUCGAAAUAAAACAACGGGAAAACAAGGAACAAGCAAGAACGGAACUAAUCAGACUCGUACUCAGAUCACAGCUAUCCGCCAAGAACAAGAUAAUGGCAAUCAACAUCUGGGCCAUACCCUCUUUUACCUAUACAGCAGGGAUACUGUCUUGGCCGAAAACCGACCUACAACAGAUGGACAGAAAGAUCAGGACCACAAUGACCCAGUUUGGACUACUUCAUCCCAACUCAGCCAUUGAGAGAUUAUACUUACCGCGAAAGGAGGGGGGACGAGGCCUGAGCUCCAUAGAGAAUACCUGUUGGAAAGAACAAAUUAAUAUUAACAAUCACUUCAAUAGUAUGCACUUACCAGUCCACCAAUGGAUAGCGGCACAAACAGCUUCUUACGCUGAAGCGGAGGCAAAUGAAAGCGAACCUGGAAGAGAAAACACGACCGACGACCUCAGACGGAAAUGGCAAUCAAAACAACUCCAUGGAAGGUUUUAUGCAAGCUUACAUCAGGAUGACAUCGACAUCGCGGCAUCUAAUACUUACCUCACUCAGGGCUAUCUGUUUCCACAAACGGAGGGAACAAUCUUCGCAAUACAAGACCAGGUCGUACCCACCCGAAAUCACACCCACCAUAUAAUGAAAAAACACGUUGAAAGCACAAAGUGUCGGCUUUGCAAUGGUGCAGAGGAGACUGUACAACAUCUCUCAGCGGGAUGCUCUUCAAUAGCAGGGACCAAAUAUCUGUUUCGAAAUGACAAUAUGGGUAAGGUGGUACAUCAACUACUGUGCCUCAAUAAAGAUCUAAUUCAACACUUUACCCCCCACCAUUUGUAUGUACCAACACCCAUCCUGGAAAACGAGAACACGAAGGUUUAUUGGGAUCUUUCUAUAACAACCGACUUAUCAGUGGAACACAACAGACCCGAUAUGGUGGUUUGGAACAAAAAAGAGAACACAGCCACCAUUAUAGAUUUCGCAGUUCCACAGGAUUAUAACAUGCAAAAGACAUAUGCGGAGAAGAUCAGCAAGUACGAGGCACUGUCGGGACAGAUCAGGGAUAUGUGGAGGUUGAGGAGAGUGGAUAUAGUGCCUUUAAUAAUAAGUGUCAAUGGUCUAAUAUUGAAAAAAAACCGUCUCAAAUUUGGAAGAACUACAGCUACCACCCAGUACUGUCACCUGGAUGCAGAAGGCGGUCAUACUGGGCACCGUCGGAAUAAUCAGACGAGUGGUCACACCCCAUUAGUGAACAGAGCUCCUCUUGGUGCAGGCACCCGAGAACUCUAUGCACACCACAACUAUGUGUGA